AUGGACAACAAGGGUUCACUACUGAAAGGAUCCCACCUACUUCUGCUGCUACUAGUGUCAAACCUACUCCUGUGCAAGAGUGCGGCCUCCCUGCCCAUCUGUCCCAAUGGGGCUGUCAACUGCCAUGUGUCCCUCCGAGAACUGUUUGACCGUGCAGUCAUCCUGUCUCACUACAUCCAUAACCUCUCCUCAGAAAUGUUUAGUGAAUUUGAUCAAAGGUAUGCCCAGGGCAGAGGGUUCAUUUCCAAGGCCAUAAACAGCUGCCAUACUUCUUCACUCUCUACUCCUGAGGACAAGGAACAAGCACAAAAGAUUCCUCCCAAAGAACUUCUGACCAAGGUAUACAGUGUUAUGCGCUCCUGGGAUGAACCUCUAUACCAUUUAGUUGCUGAAGUACGUGGAAUGCAUGAAGCUCCGGAUGCCAUCCUCUCAAGAGCCAUAGAAAUUGAGGAGCAAAACAAACGACUUCUAGAAGGCAUGGAGAAGAUAGCUGGCCAGAUUCAUCCUGGAAUCAAAGAAAAUGAAGUCUAUUCUGUCUGGACAGGACUCCCAUCCCUGCAGAAAACUGAUGAAGAAGCUCGUCUUUUUGCUUUCUAUAACCUGCUCCACUGCCUACGCAGGGAUUCUCAUAAGAUUGACAAUUUUCUCAAACUCCUGAAGUGCCGAAUCAUCUACGAUAGCAACUGCUAAGCCUACAUCUAUCCCAUCUAUUUCUGCAAUGGUUCUUAAUGAUCCAUUCCAUACUAAGCUUCUUUCAGUCUUAUGGC